ACGCCUUUUCGCUUGCCUCAUUGGUUCGUAACAUCCAUUUUACAACGACAAGGCGGGCAGCAAAAAGAAUUUCAAAACAUUAAUAUUGUAUGAAAGCCGUGAAGUUCCACUCAAAUGGUUACCGAGGCUUAAGCGUGAAGCGAGGGCAUCAGCCGCAAAAUUGAAGCGUUUUGAGGGUUCAUUAAGCGAAAAGAAGAGGAGUUUCGUUUCCGGGUGGUUUGAACUCGGAUUGUGGUGAUUUUAUCUGGCUAAGCGCACCGAUUCGCUUGGAAAAGUGUAAAAUUGGUUCAUCCAAUGUGAAAUGUGAUAUGUCUUGUUGUUACAACUUUUCAACUCGAAAAAUUCUACAUACAGACGUUUUUCCCAAUUUUGCUGAAGUUUACUGGAACGCAGAUUUUGUACUUUUGACUCUCAACUAGUCAGUAUUAGCAACAUGGAUAGUGAAGCGCAUGUUCAGCAGUAUGGGGAAGUUAACCAGCUAGGAGGAGUGUUUGUGAAUGGAAGGCCCCUCCCCAAUGCAGUGAGAUUAAGAAUAGUUGAGCUCUCUCAAGUAGGAAUACGUCCAUGCGAUAUAUCCAGGCAGCUGAGAGUUUCCCAUGGAUGCGUAUCGAAAAUACUCGCAAGAUAUCACGAAACUGGUUCAAUUCUCCCGGGAGCCAUUGGCGGGUCCAAACCGAGAGUGACAACACCAAAAGUGGUCGCCUAUAUAAAAAAUUUGAAACAGAAAGACCCGGGAAUAUUCGCAUGGGAAAUUCGCGAUCGUCUCAUUCACGAUGGCAUCUGCGACAAAUACAACGUUCCAUCAGUUAGUUCGAUAAGUAGGAUCCUAAGAAAUAAAAUCGGUUCCCUAGUGCACAGUUCUCAGCACAGUCCGUCGAUUUACAAUAUCUAUCCCAGCUACACUUAUCCGCAGCAACGAUCUCCAACUCAUCAACGAAACUCUGGCCCCCAUUGCUGGCCUAGUUCUCAUUCGGUGCAAGAUAUUCUGGCAGGAGUGCAUGCAGCAGCCUUUCGAACUCCUCAUGGUGGCACCGCUUCGGCUCUUCCUCCUGGACCUUCGCCUCCUGUUGGUGAUCCUGCCCAAAACUACAACUACUACAUGUAUCUACAAAGUGGGAAUACUGCCAUGCAUAUGGUGAAUCCAGGGAUGGCUGCUCAUCCUUUGGCUGGCCAUCAUUUGUGCAAUUGACGGGGCACAAAACACGUUCAAUAGACUGAAACAAGUACUUUCUGGUGUUGAUUGAUGAUGUGGAAAUAAUCUGGUUUAAAAAAACUAGAUUGUUUAUGUGGGUACUCUGUUAAUCGUAACGUUUUUUCAUUGUGGGACAUUGAGGGCUGGGGGAUUUCGAAUGUGUCCAAAUUGUCUAAAGCAAAAGUGAUAUAAUAUUAAUUAUGUACCAAGACAUACAGGAAAUGAUGUGUAAUGAGUAUAUGAGAAUAAAUUAGGAAAAUUCCCAACUUCAUUUAAAAGUUCUUAUGUCAGUAUUACACUACACACUUUCGAUUUAUUGGCCAAUACAGUGGGCCAUUUAUUAAAGGUCAUCUUUUUACAUUUGUGGAUAUUAUUAUCACAAUAAAUUGGUGCAAUUUCAGUAAAACCAUCAUAAAUUUCAAUAACAGAUUUUCAACCUCUGAAACACAAAUUUGCUGGUACUUUACGUCGAGAAUCGCUGAAUGAACAUCGUCGUUGCACAGUUAGCAAACAACAAAUAAGCCCAAAAUUUCAAUUUUCAAUAAUUGGCCUACUUUAAGACCAAUAAAUCGGGGAAAAAUGCAUAGGGUAAUACCGGCAUUAUAUUAAUAUAAAUCUGCAACCAAAACAGGCAUUAAUUAAUUUUUCUUAAUCAUUUCGCCGAUUACUAUUUUUCCUAAUUUGACUCCUUAAUAUCUUGGAGCUAAAGGAAAAGCUCUGUAUAUCUGCAAAAUGUGUUUUUUAUUAAGUGAAACUUCGGGGGAAAUCGAACAGUUAGCCUGCAUAUUUUUCGCAUCGUUUCAGGUUACCUUGAAAGACACUAAAAAUCACAUUAAUGUAAAUUUAUAUACAUAAGUUAAAAGAGAUUUUUGUUAUUUAUUAUAUAAAUAUAUUAGGCCUUUUCAGUAUAGGCUUAUAGGUUAAGCUAAUUGAUCUAUGAUUCAUUUAGUGCCUUUUGUAUUAUGCUUUAUGUGCUUCCAAUGUGUAAAUAGUAAAUUAUUAAAAUAAUUUAUUUGUUA